AUGUUCGAUGGAAAACAAAGAGCUGAUGAUCCAGAGCAUGAUUCUCUAACAGGUGAUUGUAACUUAUUUAGAAAAUUACGAAACUUGGAAGAAGAGAAACCGCAUAGAUCUAAAAUACUACAGGCGAAUAUCAUUAGAGAUGGAAUCCAUGCUUAUAAAAUAUAUGACUUCCCACAGAGCAUUCAUCGCUUACGUGAAAGAGCUGUAAACUUAGAGGAUGCUUUAUUUAAAUUAUGCCAAUCUAUACAGAAGAAUUCAGAAGACUGUACAACUAAAAUGUCAUGGAACGUUGAUUCAGCAUAUAAGGCUGCAUUAUCUCCAGAUAGUGGUUUAUGUAACUUCUACAGAUCCAUAAGGCACGGCACAAUUGUAAAAGAAAAAAGAUUACAUUUAGAGGAAUCUGCAAGAAUAGGUGAUAGGAAGGAGAAAGAUGGACCAACACAAGGAGAGGAUUUCCCAAGGGAAGAUAUCGUAGCAGCGGCAAUUCAUUUCUUAACAAUAAAUAGAGCUGUCAAGACAGAUAGAAAAGGAAGAACCAUAGUAGGAACAUUCAAACACCUUAGAAAUGGAAAGGACAUCGAUAUAAAGCAAAAGGAACAGUCCCUGAGAAAAUUGCAUUCCUUAGAAAAAGAUGAACUUCUCAUCAGAAAAGGAAUACUACCUGGAGUUGCGUGCACAGUCAGACAGAGUGCAGUGAAGACAAGGAAGAUGUCGGGAGAAAGUAAUUCUUUGAAAUCAAAUUACGGCUUGUCUAAGAAGAAUUUAUCACAGAAACAUAGGUGUUUGAGCUCAGUUGAAGUUAGCACUAGAAAUAAAUCGUCGAAAAGAAGUCCUUCCUUGAGCAUAAUUGAUGCAAUCUUCGAAGACAAAUUCUCCGAAGAGGACACUUCCGUGAGCUCAGUUGAAACAAUCACCAUACGAGAAAUCUCGGGAGAUGUUAAUACUACAAGACAGAUUCAUGUAGUUGCCAAGAAGAGAGCACUGGCAGAAGAAGAUUCCUUGAGUACAAGUUCUUUCGAUACUACGGAGACAGUGUUAGUGCCGACUGCCUCACCAUCCAAAGUUGGCGUAGCUAUUACAGACAGAACAUCAGCAGGGGAUGAUUCUUCUAGCGCAGAUGAUUAUAACAGUUUAUAUUCUUCAGGACGUAGGCGCGAUGUGAAUUCAAGAAGGGUAUCUAAGGAGGAAGGAUCUUCUUCUUCCAGGGAUGAUACAUAUAGAAGAUAUGAUUCAUCCGAAGUAUAUGGCAGACGGAAGGAAAGUGACAUAGAAAAUAGAAAAGGAACAACCAAAGUAGGAACAUUCACCCACCUUAGAAAUGGAAAGGACAUCGAUAUAAAGCAAAAGGACCAGUCCCUGAGAAAAUUGCAUUCCUUGGAAAAAGAUGAAGUUCUCAUCACAAAAAGAAUACUACCUGGAGUUGCCUGCACAGUCAGACAGAGUGCAGUGAAGACACGGAACAUGUCGGAAGAGAGUAAUUCUUUGAAAUCAAAUUACGGCUUGUCUAAGAAAAGAUUAUCACAGAAACAUAGGUGUUUGAGCUCAGUUGAAGCUGACACUAGAGAAAGAUGGUCGGAAAGAAGUCAUUCCUUGAGCACAAUUGAUGCGUUUCCCGAGGAACAAUUUUCAGAAGAAGACGCUUCCUUGAGCACAGUUGGCACAAUCACCAUACAAGAAAUCUCGGCAAAGGUUAAUACUACAAGACAGAUUCAUGUAGUUGACAAGAAGGAAAGAAUGGCAAGAGACGAUUCCUUGAGUACAACUUCUUGCGAUACUACGGAGACAGUGUUAGUGGAGAGUGGCUCACCAUGCGAAGUUGGCGCAGCUAUUACAGAAAGAACAUCAACAAGGGAUGAUUUUUCUAGCGCAGAUGAUUAUAACAGUUUAUAUUCUUCAGGACGUAGGCGCGAUGUGAAUCCAAGAAGGGUAUCUAAGGAGGAAGGAUCUUCUUCUUCCUGGGAUUAUAGAUAUAGAAGAUAUGAUUCAUCAGAAGUAUAUGGCCGACGGAAAGAAGGUGACAUAGAAGCUGCAAGAAAUGUGCAUAACAGGGUCAAGUCUGUCAGGAGAAGUCUCUUAUCCUCGCAAAAAUAUGCGAAAUCAGAUGUUGAUACCCUAGAUGAAAUAAAAAGGAGGACGAAGAAGCAAAAACAAGAUGAAACAAAGAAACAUAUAUACAUAACAUGCAAAAGAGAUAUGCAGAAGAGAUUAAGGGCUGCAACAGGCACUUAUAAACCCAAGGGAAAGUUUGAACAGGAAGCAUAUGAUUAUACGUAUGAUACAAGCGCAGAUACAUAUUGUGAGGAAGGUCUAUCCACAGAGGAAUUUUAUAUAAAGAGAAGUAAUGAGAUGUAUAAAAGAAUGCAGAAAGUAAAACAAAGUUAUGCAUCAAAAAAGGACCCGUCCGAAGCAGAGAUUGAUUCUAUAGAUGAUAUCAUAAGUAGGAACGAUUCAUCAAAGAAGGAGCAUGCAUCGAAACAAGUGCAUGUACAAGGACCUGACGAUGUCCAAGAAGGAUUUGUUCAUAUGAAGAACCGUGAAACAUUAUUUAGAGAUGGUCUUUUUAAGGAGGAAUACAGGUCUUAUCAACCUACAUUGCAAAUAAAAGCUGAUUUUAGUGAAGAAAGUGACAAGUUACACAACGCAAAAUUCGAGAUGGCAAGUAGUUCUAUGAACACCAAUGACAAACUGGGUAGAGACGAUUUGUUUGAAAAAGAUAUAUCAGGAAAUUCGAUUGAUCUACUGAACAAAGAGGAAUUGAUGAAAGAAGACCAUCUAAUUAACAAAAUAUAUGUAACGUGCUCUAAGAAUCUAUAUAGGAAAAUGCAGUACAUAAAUGAAUGCGGUUUAUUGAACAGAUAUGGAAAGAAAGCAGAACCUGAGAAUGAUAGCGGUAUGUACAUAACAGAGAACAAUAAAUUAUUUAAGAAGAUUAAUAUCAUAAGUGCGGAUGGGUUUACACCCGAUGAAGAUGCGUCAGCGAUAGUUGAUGAGUAUGCGGAGAACUUAUACUUAACGUGCCAAAAUAGUCUAUUUAAGAAAAUUCACCAUCAGGGAGAAGGGGAUUUAGAAAAUAUAAAAGAAUUAUUGAAAAGAAAAGGAAAAGAAGAAGCAGAAGAAUCUGUAAAGAGGAACAUAUUACCACAGGAAAGGAAGCACACCAUAUAUAUAUACUUGCAUGAGAAAGAGAAAGAUAAAGAUCCAGAUAAGAAUAAAAAUGAUUGGGUUAUAUAUAAACGCAUUGAAGAUCGCAAAGUAAAGGUUGAAUUACUAGAAGAUAUGCAGACUAUGAAUAAGCUUGAUGUAACAGCCGUUGAUUCAGUAUAUAAAGAGACAGAAGAAGCUCUUAUGAGAAGUGUCUUAGAACCAGCAAAAAGAAUGAUGAGACCGAAUAUGGAAGCAACAGAAGAAUCUCUUAUGAAAAAUGUCAUGGAGCUACAGGAAAAGACCACCAAAUCCAAUAUUAAAAAAACUAUGAAGAAGGUGGCCAAAUAUGGUAUUCCAGGCGUACUGGCAAUGGUCGUCUUACCAUUCCUUGUCAUGGAAUAUCUCAAGCUACCUGGUGCCAGUGCUCUUCUGGAGGCUGAAUUAAUAGGGGCAAGAGCAGGUUUAA